GCAUCCUGCUGCAUACAAUUCACUUCCAUACUCCCUGCCAUGGCUCAAUGCCACUUUGUGCUGUUCCCUUUCAUGGCUCAAGGCCACUUGAUCCCCAUGGUAGACAUCGGUCGACUCUUGGCACAGCGGGGUGUGAUCGUCACUAUCGUUACGACGCCGCUCAAUGCAGGCAGAGUCAAGAAAUCGAUCUCACGAUCCGACAAAUCGGGGCACCUUAUCCGUGUUUCGCAACUCCGGUUUCCCGGCAAUGAAGUGGGAUUAUCAGACGGGGUCGAGAAUAUAGACAUGCUGCAUUCCGUGGAGGAUUUCUUCAAAUUCUACACUGCAGUAAACAAGAUGGAAGAUGCAGCACAGAGAUUAUUCGAGGAGCUAACACCACGCCCCGCUUGUAUCAUUUCGGACAUGAACCUGUACUAUACGCACAAAAUCGCUACCAGGUUUCGAGUUCCGAGGAUCUCGUUCCAUGGAUUUUGUUGCUUCGCUCUUCUUUGUGUGCACAAUGUGAGGUACUCCAAGAUACUUGAGGAGGUAAAAUCUGAUUCUGAAUACUUCACGGUGCCAGGCUUGCCUGAAAAAGUCGAAUUCACCGAAGCACAAGUUCCCCUAGUUAAGGUCCCCGUUGGUCCCUGGGAGGAAAUCUUCGGACAGAUAUUCGAAGCCGACCGAGUAUCACACGGGGUUAUCAUAAACACCUUCGAGGAGCUCGAAUCGGCUUAUGUCGAAGAGUAUCGGAAGGUUAAGAAAGCUUGGUGUAUCGGUCCGGUUUCUCUUAGCCACAAGGACGAGUCGGACAAGGCCGAAAGAGGUAACAGAAGUUCAAUCAAUGAGCAACAAUGUCUGCAGUGGCUUGAUUCACAAGAUCCAAACUCUGUCAUCUAUGCAUGCCUCGGGACCAUCAGCACUAUAAAGUCUCCGGAACUGAUCGAGUUGGGUUUAGGCUUGGAGGCAUCGAACAAGCCGUUCAUUUGGGUCCUAAGAGGAAACGACACAACAUCGAACCAAGUGGAGACAUGGAUGAAAGAGGACGGGUUCGAAGAAAGAACGAGAGGAAGAGGGCUUGUAGUCAAGGGAUGGGCUCCCCAAGUACUCAUUUUGUCACACCCUGCAAUCGGAGGCUUCCUAACACAUUGUGGGUGGAAUUCGACAAUCGAAGGCGUUUCUGCAGGCGUCCCAUUGAUAACAUUGCCGUUCCUCGGAGACCAAUUUUGCAACCAGAAACUUGCGGUGCAGAUACUGAAAACUGGGGUCAGCCUUGGAGUAGACAAGCCGACGAUGUUUGGAGAUGAGAAAUCUGGGUUCGUGUUGAACAAGGAACGGGUUCAAAAUGCAAUACACCAAUUGAUGGACGAAGGAGAUGAAGGAAUAGAGAGAAGAAAGCGAGCUAAAGAGUUUGGAGUUAUGGCGAAGAAGGCUGUUGAUAUUGAGGGAUCUUCUUACUGCAAUAUUACACUGUUUAUCCAAGAUAUCAUCCAACAAUCUCAGAAGAUGUCCGCUUCAUCUACUUAA